AUGGCCUCACCUGCCACUGCUCCCGUUCGUUACGAACACACUGAUAGGAAGGGCUGGUUGGUGGUAUUUGCAUCAUUUAUCUGCUCUUUUGUCAUCUGCGGCAACCUCAAGGCCCUGGGUGUUCUUCUCAUUCCCAUGACGAGCGACUUGGACAGUGAACUCUGGCUUGUAGGCUGGCUUGUGGUCUGGUACAACGUGUCAAAAGAUUGUACAGGGCCUAUUAUUGGAGCUCUUUCCCGCAUGUUUAGUACCCGGCUUAUGAUAGUGUGUGGCGGUCUUUUCAGCACCCUCGGCUUCAUCUUGACGUCAGUGUCACCCAACGUUGCAGUCAUGAGCAUUUUCAUUGUCGGAUUAUCAGGUUUGGGAUCCGCAUUUAUUUUUUUCAACAUCUAUGUCGUGGUAGCUUCCUACUUCACGGAGAAAUAUCCGCUAGCGAUUGGAAUAGCGAUGAUGGGGAUGCCUCUUGGUCUCAUGGCAUACGGACCGAUGACCCAAGUUCUUCUAGACACCUAUGGUUGGCGAGGAACGGUACUGUUGUUGGGAGGUAUUUCCUUUCAUCUUGUGCCGUGUGGAAUGUUGGGGCAACGGCAGUCAUCACGUCGUGAACAGUACCAAGAGAUUUCGAAUACGGAUGAGGCAGACAGCAGUGACAGAAAUGAUACCUCGGGAGACAGACAGGGCUUAGUUUCAAAACUGGGCAGAGGUGGGGAGUGGGCGAGGCGUUUUAAGGAUGCAGUCGAUGUCGCGGUGUUGGCCGAUGCGAGGUUCAUUCUGCUGACGUGUGGGCGGUGCACGAUCAGUUUCGCUUACAGCAGCCUUAUGGCAUACAUGGUGUCGCACGGCCAGUUCCAAGGGCUGAGCAAAUUGCAGGCGUCGAUUCUGCCAACGGCGUUGGGCAUCGGCAUCGUGGCGGGCAGGAUGGUUGCGCCCUGUCUGCAGCAACUCGGCACCAAGCCUCCCGCGGUGCUUUGGGCGUGCAUCGGGUCGGCACUCAUGGGCGCGCUCUUCGUGGAGGCCUUCAUCAGACCUUUCGUGGGACAGCUUGCCGUGAUGGUCGUGAUUGGGAUAGGUGUUGGUAUGGCGAGUCAAGCGACUGACGUCAUGGUGUGGUCCAUCUCCAGCUUCCCGAGGGAUGGCCGGUUGGUUAGUCGGAUGGGCUGGCUCGGCGUUUUCAAAAGCAUCGCGGGGCUUGUUGGCGGUUUAAUAUCAGGAUGGAUAUACGAGUGGACCGGGAGUUUCAUCAUAGCCUACUGCGUGUGUGGUGGAAUCACGCUGUUAUCGAUCCCUUUCUUUGUCGUGUGGUGGCGUAUGCUAUACACUAAGCGGACGGAGGACCAGUGA